AAGCAACCGCGAGGGGCAACGCAAUUCAUUUCCAACACGCUUCUAAUUCUCCAAAUUUCUGGAUUACACCAAACCAAUACACACACAAGAAAAAAGAAGCCCCUAAUUUUUUUCUUUUUCUUUUUCUUUUCCUUUUUCUCCUUUUGUUUCGUAGAAGCCUUGUUUUCUGCAAUAGCAUUCCAGAGCUUUUCUUUUUCAACGAACCAACCCCCGACUUUCUGGACCUAAUUCUGCAACCCAAUCCCCAAAAGCAAACGCCAUCGGAGAAUCACAGAAGAACAAACAAAAAUGAGGGGUUUGACGGCGAAUUCUUCUGUUCUUCUUGCUCCUUCAAACCCAUAUCAGAAUUCCUCUCUGUUUCCUUCUAAACGCAAGUCCAAGAAGAAGAACCAUGCCAUGGUUCCUGUAGCGAGGCUGUUUGGGCCGGCCAUAUUUGAAGCUUCCAAGUUAAAGGUUCUGUUUUUAGGAGUGGAUGAAAAGAAGCAUCCUGGCAAAUUUCCCAGGACUUACACGCUUACACAUAGCGAUAUUACCUCUAAACUUACUCUCGCUAUUUCUCAGACCAUUAACAACUCUCAGCUGCAAGGAUGGUAUAAUUGGCUACAAAGAGAUGAAGUGGUGGGAGAGUGGAAGAAGGUGAAGGGAAAGAUGUCGCUUCAUGUUCAUUGCCAUAUCAGCGGCGGCCAUUUUCUUUUAGAUCUCUGUGCUAAUCUCAGAUACUUCAUCUUCCGCAAAGAACUCCCUGUGGUUCUGAAUGCGUUUGUCCAUGGAGAUGUGGACUUGUUCAACAAUUACCCAGAAUUACAGGACGCGUUGGUCUGGGUUUAUUUCCAUUCGAAGAUCCCAGAAUUCAACAAAGUUGAAUGCUGGGGCCCACUCAAGGAUCCAGCCCCACCUUCAGCUGGACUUGAUGGGUCCAAUUCAGAUGAGCCCAUAUGGGAUAUGGGCCAAAUGGAGCGGCCCAAACCUUGCCAAGAAGACUGCUCUUGUUGCUUCCCAACCAUCCCUUCCAUUUCAUGGUCACCCAAAAAUGAGUUGGAGAGUACCUGAUUGAUUUGGCUGGGGUUUAAGCUUAAAUGUAAAUACUUCACAUUAUAUAAUAUAGACCUCUCGUUUGCUCCUAU